UCCCCUUUCAAUCUUUCAUCUUCCGCUUCUCAUCUGAAAAAGCGACUCUCUUGGUCGAACAAGAGAAGUAGGGUUUUUUUCUUUUUUGCCUUCGAUUUCUUGCUGGCCGACCAAGGGGAAUUCAUUACAACUCUUUUCAUGUUUAGAAGCACUGCUACUAGUUUCGAUCGUAAAGGAGAAGUGGGCUUCUGUUGAUUCCUGGGUUUUGGAUCGUCGUUCGAACUCCGGAAGGUCUCUUCGAAUUUUUUUUAUUUGUAUUGCUAUGGCGUGCUCUCUGAAGAAUGGUUUCUCCGUCGCUGGCUCGAAUCAAAUUGAGUUGAAAAGAAAUGGGGUUUUAGGGUUUUGUCCCACUACGGUCUCUUUGCAGUUCACAGAGUCGAUACCCUCAGAUCUCCCCGUUUUGAAGAGCGAAUUUAAAGGAACCCAAGUUAUCGUUUCAGAUCACAGGGCUUUGAGCGAUUUUAGUCUCAGAAGCUCUUCAACGUUCUCUGUCAAUGCACAGGCAUCAGUCUGCGUGAGCCGAGCUAUGAGAUGGUGGGAGAAAACCCCCAAACCCAACAUGUUAGAGAUUAAAUCUGCGCAAGAACUCGCUGAUACGCUAUCAAAUGCCGGAGAUAGGCUUGUUAUACUCGACUUUUACUCCCCAGGUUGUGGAGGUUGCAAAGCCUUGCAUCCCAAGGUUUGUCAGCUCGCUGAAUCGAACCCAAAUGCACUGUUUCUUAAAGUCAAUUAUGAAGAGCUCAAAACGAUGUGUUACAGUCUCAACAUCCAUGUACUCCCCUUCUUCCGAUUUUACAGAGGAGCAGAGGGUCGUCUCUGUAGCUUCAGCUGCACCAACGCAACUAUCAAGAAAUUCAAGGAUGCAUUGGCAAAGCAUGGGACUGAUGGGUGUAGUGUUGGGCCAGCUAAAGGUCUGGAUGAGUCUGAGCUAUUGAAGUUAGCUUCAAAUGGCCUGAUUUCGACUGGUUUGCCUUUGAGAUCCACAGGCAAAGAAACAAUAGAGGAUUUGCUGCUAAAGAAUAGCACUUCAGUUAAUAAGGAGGAAAUCAUUAAAGAAGAAAAUGCAGCAUUGAUGGUGGCCUGAAACAAAAAGAAGCUAUGAU